AUGAAGGGAGUCGGUGGUGUUGUCGCAAAGCUGCAAAGCGUGCCAGUCAGUGCGGAAGCCGCUCCUCUCUGCUUCCGCAGUUGCUCAGCAGCUCAACUCGACUUUUUUUUCUUCUUCUUGCUGCUCCACCUCGUCAAGCGCGAAGUUUUUACGCGCCGUAAAAAACAGCGCAGGGAUGCCUCGCAGCAGCAGGAAAAGCUCGAAAGCUCGGACCCUGCGGCUCUCCGAGUCCCGAGGUUCGCAUUCAACUUUUUUGCGCUUCCACCUCUGCCUGCUGCAGCUUCCAUCAUCUUGCCAAGCCGAAACCAUCUCGAGCGCCUCUCUUCGUGCCACAACGCCAUCACAGCAUUCAGCUCCAAGAUGUCGGUCAUUCCUGACAAGAUCGGCUCGCUCCUCUUUUGUCCCAACUGCGGAUCGUUGCUCGAUGUCCCUGGCGACGAAGACUUUAUCAAGUGUGCUCCGUGCGGCGCCGUUCAGAACGCCAAGGUUUACGACAACCUCUCCAUCGUCACUCGCUCCCAUCCCUCGGCAUUCCCUUCCGCACUCCGUCAGAAACGUCAGCUCGUCAACACAGCCGCUUCCAUAGGCAACGACAACAAGCCCAAGGAGGCGACCAUCAAGGAAAAGUGCCCCGGAUGCGGCAACGACGAGAUGAACUUCCAUACCCUGCAGCUCCGCUCCGCUGACGAAGGCACCACCGUCUUCUACGACUGCCCCAAGUGCGGCUACAAGUUCAGCCAGAACAACUGA